ACGAUGUCACUUUGGAGUGGAUGAGUAUUCUGGUAGGUUCUAUUCUGUAUGCAGUUGGAGUGGUCAUGAAGUGUUAUCUACAAGUCGUCUAAGUUGGAAGCUAUAUCUCAGACGUAGUUCAUCUAAUUCAAUAUAACGUCGUAUCUUGGCAUUCACCAUCGCGUUGGCUUCAUUUAUACAAAACUCCCUUCACCCUGACCUUCAUCUUGGCGGGAGUAUUUAACAGCUCGUCCUCAUCAUGGAUUCUCUCGUCAGCAACCAUGAAGACAUCCAUCUCUAUCUGGGCUACUGCCCUGUUGCAUCUCGCGGCCUCUGUCUCGGCUGCUGGCGUCACAGGUAAAGCGUUUGGCUUCGCGACAGGCACGACAGGCGGUGGUUCUGCAACGCCAGUUACUCCCACCACCAACGAUGAGUUGAUCAAAUAUCUCACUGGCGACGAACCCCGCGUCAUCCUCAUCGAUCGCACUUUCGACUUCACCCUGUCCGAAGGCACAGCUACAGAAACCGGCUGUAUCCCAGACAGCAACACCUGCGGCGAACAUGGCCAGAAUGCUCUCGACGGCCCCAACUGGUGCUCCUCCAGCUACCCCUCGGUGGAAGUAACCUACAACGUAGCCGCGACGGACCCGAUCUACGUGGGCAGCAACAAGUCGCUCGUCGGCGUAGGCUCCAAGGGCGUCAUCCGCGGCCGGGGUCUCAAACUCACCAGCGUCGAAAACGUCAUCAUCCAGAACAUCCACAUCACCGACCUCAACCCGCAGUACAUCUGGGGCGGGGACGCGAUCACCCUGGGCAACACGGAUAAGAUCUGGAUCGACCACUGCAAGAUCUCGCUGGUGGGUCGGCAGAUGAUCGUCACGGGCUUCGAUCCGGCGGGCCAUGUCACGAUCUCGCAUACCGAGUUCGACGGCAUCACGGACUGGUCGUCGAGCUGUAAUGGCGAUCAUUACUGGACGAUGCUGUUCCUGGGUAAGGAGGAUUAUAUCACGCUUGCGGAUAACUAUGUGCAUGAUUGCAGUGGGCGGGCGCCGAAGGUCGGUGGCUCGGGUGCGGUGACGAUGCAUGCGGUGAAUAACUUCUUCUGGAAUAAUCUGGGCCAUGACUUUGAUGUCGCCGAGGGGGGCAGUGUGUUGGUUGAGAAUAACUCGUUUAAUAACGUCACCACGCCGAUGACUGAGGCGAGCUCGACGGAGGGCGGGAAGGUGUUUACGGUUGUUUCGGGGGGUGAGAAGUGCGCUUCGUCGCUGGGGAGGAACUGUGGUGCGAAUACGCUGGUUGAGUCUGGCGAUUGGCCUUCUUUGGGGGAUACGAGUAUGCUCCAGACGAUUGGGGAUGCUGGUUCUGUGCCUGCGCUGAUCAGUCCGGUUACUGAUGUGGCCCACCAGGUUAUGGCUAAUGCUGGUGUUGGGAAGAUCUGAUGUAUUCUAUUAUUCUAUUUAUGCGACUUCUGACUGCAGUAUUUGUUUAC